AUGUCUUCUCCCAGAACUUUCAGAAUGAAGCAGUUUUUGGCCAAGAAACGAAAACAAAAUCUCCCCAUUCCCCAGUGGAUUCAGAUGAAAACUGGUAACAAAACCAGGUACCACUCCAAGAGAAGACACUGGAGGAGAAUCAAGCUAGGUCCAAAAUUCUCUGGCACAAAGAAAGCCCUCACUAAGGAUUUGUUGAAGGAACGAAGGAAUGAAUAA